UGGAGCCUGAGCUGGCGCUGCAGCUGGAUAGAGUGUCCGGCGGCGUAGCCCGUAGGCAGCCUACAGGCGGAGCGGGUGCAGAGGGGAGCUCGUGGGCGCAGCCUCGAGCCCCGGAGCGUCCUCCUUCUCUUGGCUGGGCUUGCUUCCGACGAAGUUGCAGUGCGUCUCGCCGCCGCGGCUGACAGGGGCCGCGCGAGGGAGUCUGCGGGGUCGCGCGCGGCAGCCACACUUGCGCGGGCGGCCAGCGCGGGGUCCCCGGCUCCCGGGCGUGCACCGAGGGCCGGCGAGCGGGUGCGGGUGCGGGUGCAGGCAGGGGCCCCCCGCAGGGCCACCGCCUAGUCCCGCGGCCGCCGCUGGAAAAUGUCUCAGGAGAGGCCCAAGUUCUACAGGCAGGAGCUGAACAAGACGAUCUGGGAGGUGCCCGAACGUUACCAGAACCUGUCCCCGGUGGGCUCUGGCGCCUAUGGCUCCGUGUGUGCUGCUUUUGACACAAAAACUGGGUUACGUGUGGCCGUGAAGAAACUAUCCAGACCGUUUCAGUCCAUCAUCCACGCCAAGAGGACCUACCGAGAGCUUCGGUUACUGAAACAUAUGAAACAUGAAAACGUGAUUGGUCUGCUGGACGUCUUUACCCCUGCAAGGUCUCUGGAGGAAUUCAAUGAUGUGUACCUGGUGACCCAUCUCAUGGGGGCGGAUCUGAACAACAUUGUGAAAUGCCAGAAGCUCACGGAUGACCACGUCCAGUUCCUUAUCUACCAGAUCCUCCGGGGUCUGAAGUACAUACAUUCAGCCGACAUAAUCCACAGGGACCUCAAACCAAGUAAUCUAGCUGUGAAUGAAGACUGUGAGCUGAAGAUUCUGGAUUUCGGACUGGCUCGACAUACGGAUGACGAAAUGACAGGCUAUGUGGCCACCAGGUGGUACAGGGCUCCUGAGAUCAUGCUGAAUUGGAUGCAUUACAACCAGACAGUGGACAUCUGGUCGGUGGGCUGCAUCAUGGCCGAGCUGCUGACUGGAAGAACGUUGUUUCCUGGUACAGACCAUAUUAACCAGCUUCAGCAGAUUAUGCGUCUGACGGGGACGCCCCCCGCUUAUCUCAUUAACAGGAUGCCAAGCCACGAGGCAAGAAACUACAUCCAGUCGCUGACCCAGAUGCCGAAGAUGAACUUUGCAAAUGUAUUUAUUGGUGCCAACCCCUUGGCUGUUGACCUGCUGGAGAAGAUGCUUGUAUUGGACUCGGAUAAGAGAAUCACAGCAGCCCAAGCCCUAGCACACGCCUACUUUGCUCAAUACCACGAUCCUGACGAUGAACCAGUGGCUGAUCCGUACGAUCAGUCCUUUGAAAGCAGGGACCUCCUCAUAGAUGAAUGGAAAAGCCUGACCUAUGACGAAGUCGUCAGCUUUGUGCCACCCCCCCUUGACCAAGAAGAGAUGGAGUCCUGAGCGCCUGCUUUGUGUCCCGUCCAUCCCACUUCACUGUGAGGGGAAGGCCUUCUCGUGGGAACUCUCCAAAUCUCAUUCAAGUGCCUCUCGUUGCAAAGAUCUCCUCCAUGGUGGAAGGGGUGUGUGUGUGCACGCGCAGCAUGCGUGUGUGUGUGUGUGUGUGUGCGUGUGUGUUAGUGUGUGCGUGUGUGUUAGUGUGUGCAUGUGCAUGUCUGUCUUUGUGGAAGGAUAGAAGUGUAGUAAGAGCAGUUACGAUUACAGCGACAUUACGUGGAGUUACGGAUGCUCACAGCAGCCUCUCCUGACUCAGGCACACAAGGCUGCCAUCUUGUUAGGGGUGUGUUAGACGCAAAGUCACAAUGCUAAAUGCCCGAUCCCAGUUACGCUUUUGCCACAUCUGGGAUUCUGUCCCCUGUGAAGGAAAGUUUUCGUUGCCUUUCUGGUCCUGGCCACAUACCACAGUGCAGAAAGGGUGCCCACCUUCUGGCCGCAUCAGGUCUGCAGAGGUCCCCUGCGUUCUGCCCCAAAGGACCAACCGCCCCUGUGCCCGAGCCCAUGGGCAGUCUGCUCAGUAUGGUUCUCAGAACUUGACAGAUCAUGUUUGAAACUGUAAAUAUGUCUGUGCCUUAAAAGGAGAGAAGUCAGUGUCGCUAGUUCAAACACUGCUGCUGCUGAGUUCUGAGCCAGGCAAGUAGCGGGCUGUUGGAGAUGGCCACUGCGAGCCGGAAGUCAGUCACCGGGCAGAAGUCACCGCGCAGCCCUCGGAGGCGGCCAUGUCCGCGCAUGCGCGAUGGGCAUCCUUCACCCAGGAUGCACAGCAGGCUGCUGCUGUCAGUGUGCUGGUCACUCCUGGCAGAGUGAGGGCAUGUGCUGCACACCUUGCUGUUUGCGCAUGCCCAGCUGCCCGUCCUGUUCUUCCCUAGACCAGGCGAGGCCGCCCAGGGGGACUUCUCAGGUAGAUGCAGCCCCAUGUCAACUCAGCUGGUACAGGGGACGAGGGAUUGCAUCUUCUCUUAGGCUCCCACACUGUCGUGUCCAGGUGCUGUUGGUGUGGAAAAGGAGGGCUGGUGGACGGGUUAGCAUUCUCAUUCUUGUCAUCGGGUAUUGCAGCAAAUUGUUUUCGGGGAGUUGUCAUAGAGAUGAUGGGGGCUUUGCCCAGAGAGAUCCCAAACUCUGAGAAACACGCUGUUGUCUUCACCCCCAGUGCUAUGAAAUGCUGAAAGUCAAAGUGGAAAAAUAAAAGCUCCUGAGCUCAGAAGCUCCUUUGGCUAUCUUUCUCUAAAUAUGUUUUUUUUUAAAAAAGGCCACACAGUGUCUCCCCCCCCCCCCCGGUGUUUCUGACCCCUCUGUGGAAAGGGUCUUGGCAGCUUAACAUUGAUUUUUUUUUUUUUAAUCUUGGUUUGGGGAGAAACAAAUUUUCUCAGAAUUUUAUACGUCACAGGGAUUCUUUGAGUGAUUUUUUUUGAUGGGAAGAAGGGGCAAAGUAUUUUAAUAUUUUGUAUGUCCACCUUUAUCAAGAUGAAAUGUGCUCAGGGGUGAAGAAUUGCUUGCAUAACUUUCUGAACUUCAGGCUUUUCCACUACCUGAGGGCCCUAUAUUUAAGCCGUUUGUGUUAAUAAAGUGCAAAGCCAAUUCCAGUGUCGGCUGUGUGACAGAUCUUGUGUUCAGGCCGAGGUGUCUCUGUGCUCUGUUAGUACAGUGACACAUGCACUCCCGGGGAACAGGGUAGGGCCCUGAGCCCGCAGGAAGGAGGCGGUUGAGAGCCGGGCCCCUCACCUGGGACCUGUCCCUCCUGGGAGAGCAAACAUGACGCCUCACCUCCUUUCACGCAGUGCAGACCCUCGCCAUCCACAGCGAGGCAGAUUUCAUCAGCCAUGUGUGUGUGAUUGUUAGUGUGACUGCUGUCGGGAUGCCACCCUGAAUGUGCUUCUAGAAAGAUCUUUGCACAUGGCUGUGGACACCUUAGGAGAUCGAGUGCUGGACCCUGAGCUGGAGCGAGGAAGAGCUCCUUGGAUUCUGAUUCUGAACAGGAGCUCCCUUCUGAUUCUCUUGACAGGGCACCACAGAGGGGCGGUGGGAAACUGCUAUUUUAUUUGUAUUCCUGAACUGGGCUGUAAUCAGUUACGCCAUAUAGAAUGUCAGACAAUACCACUGGUUAAAAUAAAGCCUAUUUUUCAAAUUCAGUGGGUUCCUCAAUUUUAUUGUUGUUUUCUUGAUUGUUUUAAUUUAAUACACAAUAAUGGCAUUGUAUCAAUGUUUCUGGUCUGUGACCUGGCAGAUCCUACUACUCCUAAAAUUUAGAAAACAUGUACAGAGCUGCUUAGCUGUGUGUCUUUGGUGAACAGAAUCUGGGCCUUCGAUGUGGACGGGGAAAGUGAAGAGUAAAUAAACCAGGUGUGAAGUGGCAGGUUCCUAUGCUUGGUGUGCGAGGGGCCCGGGGUGGGGUGAGAUAUGGCCCACCACCUGUUUUUGUGUAGCCUGCUGAAAAAUGGUCUUUACAUUUUUAAGUGGUUGAAAAGAUCAAAAAUAUUUUUUGUAGCAUGUGAAAAAUAAUGUAACAUGCAAAUCUCAGUGUCCAUCAAUAAAUAAAGUUUUAUCAGAAUUUAA